CAGAACCCACGGCGUUCAUGCGUGGGAAUUCUAGAACUCCGGCCCGCGGGCGUUCGGAGAUGCCGGUAAGGCGAGCGGUCUUGUUGCCGCUGCUCGUGACCGGGGCCUUAUUCGCCAUGCUGCUAGAGCCGGGCCGAUGCCACGAGCCCGAAACUCCGGAUUGGAGGAUGACAUUGAAGACCAUCAGAAACGGUGUUCAUAAGAUCGAUACUUAUCUAAAUGCUGCUCUGGAUCUCCUGGGAGGAGAGGAUGGACUCUGUCAGUAUAAAUGCAGUGAUGGAUACAAACCUUUAUCUCGCUAUGGCUAUAAACCUUCACCACCCAAUGGAUGUGGUUCUCCACUCUUUGGAGUUCAUUUUGACAUUGGCAUUCCUUCAAUGACAAAAUGCUGCAAUCAACAUGACAGAUGUUAUGACACUUGUGGUAGCAAAAAGCAUGAUUGUGAUGAGCAGUUUCAAUAUUGCCUUUCAAAGAUCUGUAGAGAUGUGCAGAAGACAUUAGGAAUACCUGAGUCUGUGCAAGCUUGUGAAUCUACAGUACAACUAGUGUUUGAUGCACUCAUACAUCUCGGAUGCAAGCCAUAUCUUGACAGUCAGCGAGCUGCAUGUAUGUGCCAGUAUGAAGUCAACAGAGACCUGUAACAAGAUUUUUCUGAAGGGAUACAGCCCUUUAUUGUUACAAAGCUGUCCUAAAGAGACAGUGAACAUGCAAAUGGACUGUCUACUCACCAGGAGAAGAAACUAAUUUGCAUAUUUUUAUGUAGCACUUCUUUCAUCAGUUAUGUAUGCAUUCUUAAACUAUGAGGAUCGGGGGCACCUCUUUUAGAGUUGAAUUGGAUAUUUUAGCAACUGCCUUAAGUAGAUAGGAUUGUCAAUGAAUGCUGCUCUAAACUGAAGGAAGUGAAUACUGAAGAUGGCAUGGGGUAAAGAAAAAAAAAAGUAGGUCAAUCCUUGGGGUCACAAUCAAUGAAUAUCUCUUCUAUUUGAUUUUUCUUAUAGAAGAAAAAUACCCCAAAAGGCAAAAACCAAAUAUUUGAAAGACUUUAAAAAAUAUGACUGGCAACGUUCAGUCAUUUGUAUAUUGACAUUGUAUGAUGUAUGUAAUAUUUGUCUCUACCACAAUACAGCUGUUUUCCAGUUCUCCAAUGAUAUUUUAAUUCUCUGAAAA